AGAGAGAGAGCGAUGGCUGGGGUGUGCCAUCCCCCCACUCGGUUCCAUCGCAUCCAUGGGGCUAACGUCCGCCUGGACCCCGCUGGCACCCAGGCGACCAGGGUGGACAGCUUUGCCAACGGGCUGUGCUUUAGCCACGAGCCGCUGGCGCCUGGGCAGGUCUUCCUGGUGGAGAUUGAGGAGAAGGAGCUGGGGUGGUGCGGCCACCUCAGGGUCGGGCUGACGGCCCACGAGCCUGGCAGCCUGGACGUGGUGCCCGAGUACUCUCUGCCAGACCUGGUCAACCUGGGAGAGAGCUGGGUGUUCGCCAUUACCCGCAACCACAACCGAGUCACAGCAGGGGACCGGGCGGCCGCCGACACGCGCGGCUUCCUCUCCGAGCCCUAUCUGCGCAUCGAACAAGUCAAGAUUCCCCGGGACAAGCUGGUGGGCCGGAGCAGGCCGGGUCGGUACAGCCACCUCCUGGACGACCUGUACAAGACAAACGUGCUCCCGGCCACGGCCCGGAAAAGCCGGAUUGGGGUGCUGUAUGCGCUGCAGCCAGACGGGACAGCUGACAUGCACAUUGUCAUCAAUGGGGAGGACAUGGGCCCGAGCGCCAAGGGCCUUCCUGCCUCUCGCCCCCUCUACGCCGUGGUUGAUGUCUUUGCCUCCACCAAGAGUGUGCGAAUCAUCCAAGUGGAAUAUGGACUUCCCUCCCUGCAGACCCUCUGCCGACUGGCCAUCCAGAAACACAUCGUCCACCGGUUGGCCAUUGAUGGGCUCAACCUCCCCCCACCGCUGAAGAACCUCUGCAAAUAUGAAUGAGGGCCACACACUCCUCCUUCUGCUCACUCCACCGGCCGCCCAGGCACAUGAUGUGUUGGAAGACUUCCUCGAUUCACAGAAUACACGAAAAUGGGGGGAAGCCGUGACACAGCUGUGUUCCUCUUGAAGGCCUCUGCCCAGGCUGAGAAGAGGGCCGCCACGGAUGCAGUGAGAGGCUUACUGCACGGAUCGCCCGCUGAACCCAGGAGGAGAUGCCGAGACGGCAGGAGAGUCCAGAGCCAAGAAGAACUGGAUGGUCAGACCAACUGCAGGCCCUCUCAGAGGGUUCAGCAGCAAGCUGCAUCCAAACUGGAAACCUCAAUCAGAAGGGCCGGCUAAAUGGGCCUUUUGUACCUCCCACCAAUUCAAAGAAAGCAUCUCCUUAUGGAGGCGGGGCAAGGAGAGGGGACCCAAGGCGCAACCUGUAGAGAUGGGUUUGCUCAAUAAAAGUUGCCUUCUGGGGACAGAGUGAGUGAGUGAGUGAGUGA